UCGGCGCAUGCGCAGUUCGAAAAAGAAAGCAGGCUUGGGAGCUCGUAAUAAUUUUUAGCUUAAAUAGUUGGAUGGCGGUGAUUUUUAUUGGAAUAUAAAGAUGUCCAAAGCGCAUGGACAGGCCAGUGCACCGGCAGGCAACCAAGGAGCUUCAUCAUCCUCCUCCUCCUCUUCACCGCCUUUGUCUUCUCCCGCCAACGCUCUGCAGGCGCAGACCGAGAAGCCCCAGCACUACACAUAUCUGAAGGAGUUUAGGACAGAGCAGUGUCCUCUGUUCGUACAGCACAAGUGCACUCAGCACCGGCCCUUCACCUGCUUCCAUUGGCACUUCCUGAACCAGAGACGGAGACGGCCUAUCCGCAGGCGGGACGGCUCGUUCAACUACAGUCCCGAUGUUUACUGCGCCAAGUACGACGAGGGCACGGGCACCUGCCCCGACGGAGACGAAUGUCCUUACUUACACCGAACAGCCGGAGACACGGAGAGGCGCUAUCACCUGCGCUACUAUAAGACCGGCUCCUGUAUUCAUGAGACCGAUACGAAAGGCCAUUGCAGUAAAAACGGCCCCCACUGUGCUUUUGCUCACGGCUCUCAUGACUUGCGAUGUCCCGUCUAUGAUGUCAGGGAGGUCCAGACUCUGGAGGUUCAGACAGGGUCGGGGUUGAUGGAGAGCGGAGUGGGGGACGGACAGUCCGGAUUAGUGGCCAGCGCUGCUCUUAUAGAGAAGACUCUGAGCGAGGAGCCCCGAUGGCAGGAUAACAGCUACGUGUUGUCGCACUAUAAGACUGAGCUCUGUAAAAAGCCUCCUCGUCUGUGUCGACAAGGUUACGCCUGCCCCUACUACCACAACAGUAAAGACCGCAGACGCUGCCCUCACAAGCACAAAUACAGGGCCUUGCCGUGUCCUUCAGUGAAGCACAGUGAUGAGUGGGGUGACCCGAGUAAGUGUGAGAGCGGCGAGAGCUGCCAGUACUGUCACACUCGUACAGAGCAGCAGUUCCACCCUGAGAUCUACAAAUCCAGCAAAUGCAAUGAUAUGCAGCAGAGUGGCAGCUGUCCCAGAGGGCCUUUCUGCGCAUUUGCCCACCUCGAGAAAGUGAGUGUGAGUGAUAAUCAUCCUUUCCCAGAGUGCAGCUCCUCACCCUCAGCCUUCAUUUCAGCACUCGCUGACAACGCUGAGCAAAGCCUUUUGGGAAGGAUUUUGUAUGAAGAGACCUCCAUUUUGGAUCCGCUCAAUUCCAUCUGGGCAGGAGAAGGGGGUUAUGGGAAAGCUCCAGGCUUUGAGAGAGAGGAUCAGGCAAAACAGAAGACAUAUGCAAUGGAACACCGCAAUAAAGAAAUCGGGUUACACAGCAAGCCGGAGCUCUCUGUGUUCCUGCCCGUGGGGAGCCCACUAAGUCUGUCAUCCAGCGUGCCCUCCAGCCUGGCGGCGACUCCCCCCAGUCCUGCGCCUUCAUCUAGCAUGAAUGCUAAUGCACUGCCUUUCUACCCCACCAGCGACACAGUGGAGUCUGUAGUAGAGUCAGCACUGGAUGAUCUUGACCUAAAUGCUUUUGGAGUGUCUGCUCUGGAGAAAAGUCUGGAGAGCAGCUCCAUGCCCAGCAUUGGACUCAUGUUAGGAGGAAGUCAGCUUCAGAGUUCAGCUCCUGUUAACAUCCCUGGAUCCCUCAGCAGUCCCUCCCCUUUCAGAUCCGCCUCUCCUUCUCCUCCAAUCCGAGCUCACCCUUCUCCAUUUCUGUCUGCCCAGUUACCACCGCCCAGCCAAUCAGAGAGCAAUUUUUUAGGAUCGUCUCAUAACUCUUUAGGUUUAAAUGGAAUGAGCAGUAGCAUCUGGGAACAUUUUCCCUUGGGCUGUUCUCCCGGGACACCCCCAGCCCUGCUCUCCACUGGAACCAUGUUCUCCGAGGCCUCCCGUCUCAAACAGGAAGUGGAGGAGUCUCAUAGGUUGCUGAAGCACUGGGACCACAGCUGGAGGCAAAUGUCUCAGUCAUGGGCAGUACUGAAGGCAGAUGCUGAAGAGGCUCGGUUGCUGGCGGGCCGGUUGGGGUUAGAGGCGGACAGAGCGCGUCAGGCUGAAGAGGAAGCCCAGGAACAGGUCUCGCUCCUGGAGGAGGCAGUGGAGAGCUUGCGCAGCUCUGAUAACCCACGACUGCAGCUCCACCAGCUCCAGCUGUUGCACAAACUCCCUCUUAGCUCCAUAUGCAGCCUGCAAACUCAGAUAUGCACCUGCUUACGGACGGUAGAACAGGCCGUGUACAGGAAGCAGCGGUUAUAUUGCGUGUCAUGCGAGGAGUUGGGAUCCGUGGCAUUGCCAUGUCAGCACGGCGUGUGUUGCGAACGUUGCACGGCCGCGGCCGAAUGCCCCGUGUGCGCCGAGCAUCAGCAGAGCCUAAAUCCUUCCCAGUCCUAAUUAACAGCCAUAUAAUGCUGAUCCAUUCCUCUAUGCUUAGCACUGAACAUCGCUCCCAUCCUCCUCCUGGAGAUUUAGUUCAAUUUCAGCACAAAUCCAACACUCCUGCAGCCAAUCGCACCAGUAGUAAGCAAGCUUGAUCGUAGCCAGGUGGGAUUGCAAGUUACAAGUUGUACCAGUUAGCAUUGGUUCAGUGUUUUUUAUAUCUCAAACAUUUUCAAUUAUGAUGUAAUCUUGACUGGUUCAUCUGGCUGCUAUUAUUAUUUUUUUUUUAACUUAGCAGGAUCUCCAGGAGAAGGUUUGAAAUGGUCAUGUAAAACCUUUUUACCUCAGCAUUUAGUUCUCUCACACACAAACUCCACUGAUCUUAGGAAGCAAAUACGGGCAAGACCGAACAACCCGAACGCUUACACACAUUCUGCUCCAAUCUCUUAUUUUACCCAUGCCUAACACUACUCCUCAACUCAAAACCCCCCUUAGAGACAUCACCUGGCCUUGUGUUGGAUCCAACGAAUGUUAUGAUUUGUCAUGACAGCAAUCAGGAAUGCUCAGGAAGCACAGCAUUUAAACUGUCACAUAGAAACUACAAAUAGGACUACAGUACCCUCUAACUUUAAUGUGCCUCUUUCAACUCGGAUCAAGUGUAGCUUUAAUAUUGAUUUAAAAGCUCAGAAAAAUAUUUCGGGUUGCAAAGAGUACCUCAAAGCUCCGUUUGCUCACGGUUCACCUGAUAGUACACCGUUUUGGGUGCAACCAUUUUGGAUCGUCUUAAUCUUCAGUUUUAGACAGACAUAUCACAGUAGUAUUACCCAUAAUGCUCUGUGAAUUUAGGCUACGUAUAAGUACCAUUAUGUAUAGAGAGAGAUUCUUUCGACUCAAAAAAUGUAUUGGUCAAAAUGGAUACCAAAGCGCAUAUACACUAUAUAUUUUUCCAAAAGUAUUGGGUCACCUGACGUUUCCUACUAUUUGUGGUUCUUUUCCAAACUGUUACUACAAAUCUGGAGGCACUCAGUUGUACAGGAUGUCUUUUAGAUGAG